UCGUUCCUGGCGUCGAUUAAUUUAUGAAUUAGCUGAACAUUUUCCAAAUUGUUUAAUGCUUAAUUUUGCUGUUAAAUUAAUUAGCGAUGCUGGAUUUCAACAUGAAAUAAGUAAUGUAAAUACUGCUGCACAACAAUUAGAUAUAUUUUCUCGUGUAUUUCUUUCAACAUUAGAACAAUUACUUGAAGAAUGGAAAAAUUGUUUGGGUGAUUGUCAAGUUUUAGCUUAUCGGAGACAUUUUGCUGAACUUAAAAGAGUUGCUUGUCAUUCAGAACAAACAUUUAUGUACACACAAAUGUUGUUAAAUAAUGUUGGAUGGAAGUGUAAAAAUCAAAAACAAUCGGAAAUUUGUUCAAGUUUAGCCCAACAAUUAAGACUUGCUUUUGAAGGGAAAAAAGAAGAUAUUGAAGGUGUACAUAUUGGGAUUAUACAAUCUUGCAAUGCAAACAAUGUUUGCCAAAGGUUUAAACCCUGCAGAUAUUACCCAACUUUAUCAAGUACUUUCUUUAAAUUAAAAUUCAAAAUUUCAUUUCAGGCAUAUUCAAAUCCAAAUCCGCCCCCAGUUGUUUUAAUUAGAGAUCCUUUUUUCACAGAAAUGCUUAUUGAUGGACUUUUCUCUGCUGUUGGAGCUAAAAUACAUUUAGAACACAGACCUAAAUAUAUUUUUUUGUUGUCUUAUUCAAGUUGUGUAAUUGAAACAAUUAAUUCGGAAGGAAUUUUGCCUAAAAGAAAGCAAAAUAAAUUAGAAUUAAAUUCUACUAGAGAGAAAAUGCAACAACUUGUUGAUAUUUUAUAUUCUUAUGAAGAUUUAUUGUUGUCAUUAGAACAAUUAUUAGAAUUAAUUAAAUUGCCCGUUUUGUCUGCUGCUAUUCUUCAUUAUCUACGGACAUAUCUAAUUCGUGAAGACGGUGUUUUGACAGAACCAAUACCUUUACAUUAUGUUUUGAUUGACAAAAUUGCUGAAAACCAUUUUAAUUUACAUGAAAGAGUCUUUAAAUUACUCUGUGCUCUCUACGAUCAUUUAUCUGGUCAGAAUGAAGUUGCAGAAAUUAUAAUGGAAAGACAAAGACAAAUUGUUGACCGUUUUGUAAAUCUAUUAUUUUUCGGAAUGGCUAUACCUGAAAAAAUUGUUGGAAUGUUUAAAUCUGGGUAUAUUGACGUUUCUCUUGUUAGAUAUUUUGGUAUUGAAGUACUUGAAUUAGUUGAACAGCCAUACUCCCCUCAAUUUAUAUCUGCUUUACUUCCAAUUGUGACAAAUAAAGAAGUGGGUAGUUUUAGUUUGAAAAAGGGGGAAAACUAA